GCGGUCCCUGCUGCGGGCACCGGCGGGCGGCGCGGCGGCUGCGACCGCGAUGCUGAAGGGCUCCGUGCUCCCUCAGAGGCGGCAGCGGGCUCCAGCCCCCGGGAGCAGCCACCCCUUCUGCUGAAGACAGAAACUUUGCGUGUCCGCCGCUCCCUCUCCUCCCCCUUCCUUUCGCCCUCCUCCAUGCGCUGAGCGGCCGCGGGGCGCCCGCCCGGCCCCAUGGACGCCUUCAGCGCCGCCAAGGCCAAAAUGGGGGCGAAGAGCGGCGGCGAGGCGGCGGCGGCGGCGGGGGUGGCCGCGCCUCCGCCCGCUGCGCCGGCCCCCAGCCCCGCCGGUCCCGGCUCGCCCGCCGCGCUCGAGCCCGCCGCUUACAAGCUGGAGGACCUGGAGACCCUGGCCACCGUGGGCACGGGUACCUUUGGACGUGUUCAUCUGGUGAGGGAAAAAAUGGGCAAACGUUACUUUGCACUGAAAGUAAUGAGCAUUCCUGAUGUCAUUCGACUGAAGCAAGAGCAACACGUGCACAACGAAAAGUCUGUCUUAAAAGAAGUCAACCACCCCUUUUUGAUCAGAUUAUUUUGGACCAACCACGAUGAACGUUUUUUAUAUAUGUUAAUGGAAUAUGUACCAGGAGGAGAACUUUUUAGUUACCUGCGCAACAUGGGGCGUUUCAACAACAGCACAGGACUGUUUUACUCUGCGGAAAUUAUUUGUGCAAUAGAAUACCUGCACUCCAAAGAAAUAGUUUAUAGAGACUUAAAACCUGAAAAUAUAUUACUGGACAAAGAAGGACAUAUCAAGCUUACUGACUUUGGAUUUGCUAAAAAGCUGGUGGAUAGAACGUGGACUCUCUGUGGCACUCCUGAGUACCUUGCACCAGAAGUUAUACAAAGUAAAGGCCAUGGAAGAGCUGUGGAUUGGUGGGCCUUAGGAAUUCUUAUAUUUGAGAUGUUGUCAGGGUUUCCUCCAUUUUUUGAUGACAAUCCAUUUGGUAUAUAUCAGAAGAUUCUUGCUGGCAAAAUAGAUUUCCCGAGGCAUUUGGAUUUAUAUGUAAAAGAUCUUAUUAAGAAGCUACUUGUGGUUGACAGAACAAGACGACUAGGAAAUAUGAAGAAUGGAGCCGAUGAUGUGAAGAGACAUCGAUGGUUCAGGUCUAUAGAUUGGGACGCUGUACCUCAAAGGAGACUAAAGCCUCCUAUAGUACCCAAAGUGUCCAAUGAUGGAGAUACUUCCAAUUUUGAAGCUUAUCCUGAAGAUGACUGGAAUAAGACACCUCCAGUACCUCCAAAAGAUCUAGAAAUUUUCAAGAACUUCUGAAAGCAACAUCUACAAUGGAUGAGAAGCUGGAAGAAAAUUGAAGUCCUAAGAGCAAGUCUGAAGAAUGAUGGAGUUCAUAUGUAAAUGAAAAUUUUCGUUGUAGCUAAGAAUGAUACUGAAUUCACAUGUGUGUAUUAGUAUAUAGUAAAUACCUAAAGAGGUGGAGGCAGGCAAGAAUGAUUUUUUGCUGUAAACAUUUAACAUUAGUUUAGUUAAUUGUAAUAAUGAUAGUCUACUCUGAAGUAGACUCACUAAAAUAGUAUUUUUAGGAUUUAUUUUUUUUAACUUAUGGUUAAGUUUCCUGCUAUUCUCAGAUCCUUUUUGCAUAGUUAACUCAUAGACUUAAUUUUAUAAGUUUAUACUAAACUUGUGUAAUUAAAAGCACAAAUUAGUAUAUAUGUAUAUAAUGAAUACAAAACAACUAAAGCACAGGAAUUGUGCAAAGAUGUAAAUUUUUGUACUUUGCAGAGUCUAUGAUUUUUAUUUUUCAAAUAAUGUUUUUCAAGAAGUUCUUUAGGAAUAAAAAUCUUAAAAAGGAUAAAUGAGUUUUUCAUCAUCUUAUAUACAUUUUAUAAUUCUUUGUAAAAAAUAAAAAUAAUUACGUUUUAAAAAAGAUUUGUACCUAAAAUUUCCAAUGCCUCACACUUGCAACCAUAGUACUUGAAAGCAGAAAGACAAGGGCAUGUUUUAUUGUUGUUUAAGGUGCAUCUUAAUGGCUAAUUCAAGAAGUUCUGUUAAAAUUAUGUCUCUUUGCAAACCUGGAUUUUGAAUGAUUUUACGCUGUCUGAAAUGAGAUUCCUCACGUGAAGACUCACUGUAAACAUGCAGUUCAGUGCAUACUGAAAAAGGGCUCUAACUAGCUCUUACAGGAGUUGUUCUGUCUCAAGCUUGCUGUCUUCUCCAAGCAUGAGCCAUAACAGACCUUUUUCAUUAGUGAAAUAGUUGUUGUUGAAUGCUGGGUGCUUCAGAAUAUCAGAGGGAAGACUGAAUAUAUAGUAAAGCCUGAUUUUUUUUGCUCCUGCUUUUUAAAAAAUGUCCCGAAGUCUCUGCUGCCAGGAAUUUCGUAUGUAUAGGGUUCAAACCCUAGAUGUAAGGAGUCUUUUUUCAUCCUGCUCUAACAUCUUUCUAGCAGCUUGAGUACACUGUAUUUUGGAACUAUUUGCAAUAUUGCUUCAUUUUAAGUAGCAGCAAAUAUCAUUGUGUGCAUAUGGAUCUGUGUAUAUGAAUGCACAUGAAUGUGAAGGUAGAUUGUAUACAAGUUAGAAUUUUUUUUCAUUUUUUUUUGAGGUUACAUAUUGUGAUGCUUGUGUUAAUAUAGAGGAAUUGAUUUUGAAGUGCUUCAAUUGCAAAAAGUUAUUACAUUGACUUUACAUUGUUUCCAGAGCCAUGUGUACAUACUCCUGUAACUACUGACCUCGUCAAAUGCUUUCUAGGACAAAACUGCUUUCAGAUUUUUUUUAAUUCAAAUCCUGAAUUAAAAACUACAACCAAACUGUUUUUUAAGCAUUAUUUGAAGUGAUCAGUUAUUUUUUUCUACAGUCUUGGACUUAAUGAACUAUUACCAGCCCAUUUAAUUUAUUUGCACAAGUGAGCCUGUUUUAUUUUAAGUCUUUGCUGGGACUUCAUGGCCCACUAAUGUAGUUCUGUCUGAGAGUUCAUGCAGAUAUACGCUGCACUAAGAGCUCUGGAUUUAUGGAUUUUUUUUUUUUUUAAGAAGACUGGAACACUUUUUUAUUUUCUAUUCAAGUAGGGUAUUCUCUGAAGUUCAUUUUACUUUGAUUGCUUCUGUUAGCACAUGUUUUUGCAUACAGACUGUUGUCUUGCAAAAGAGCCCUUAGGCCUUUGGUAUUCCACGUCAGUGAACAAGAAUGUUAAACAUUAAAAAACCAACCUUUAUUUUUGAGUUUUAUAUAUAUAUAUAUAUACAUAUAUAUAUAUAUAUUUUUAAUUGCCCAGUUUGAGGUUUUAAGUGAUUAACUUGCAUUGUAAACUCAAUUGCCUUGUAACCAAAUUAUAUAAAUGCUUCAUGAUUUCAAUGAAGAAUAUGCUGUAAAUUUUCCUGUAAAUUAGCUUGAUCAAUGAAUAUGUGUGCUACUGAGCUUUAACUAGUGUGAUCUUCCACUGUAGAAAGUCAUUGUCAAUGGGUCAAAUAGAGGUACUAAACUAUGUUUAAAUGGAUGAACAGGGAUUUUGCAGUUUUGAAAGCAAUUAAGCUAUGGCUGUUCCUCAGCCCAUCUGCUUGCCAUUCAGAAGAGUUGUGAUGCAGUGCUUCCUAUGCUAUAGAAUUGUUUUUCAGCUUUCAAUGACUGUAGCAUGAUUCCUUUUUGUACUGUACUGUGUACAGACUUUCUAUGUUUUGCACUUUUCUAUGGCAAACUUUGACUGCUCUAUAAAUACUCUGUUGUGUAGUAAGUAGUGAUAGUGGUAGCAGGCAUUUGUGUGCUGCAUAAUCAGUUCGAACUGCUAGACUUGCGAGGUUAACUUGAACUAACAUUGUAUGUUGCUGGUUGCUUGUUGUAGCUCACAUGUAUAAGUACUGUUCAAAGUUACAAAGUCAGCCCUCAUUGCACAAUGAAAAUCACUGUGAUCUGUACAUAAACCCUAGUAAAACUUUAUUGCUGUUAAUUUAUGUAAUAUCUGUCAAAUCUGGAUUCAUUUAAUAAACCUUUAUAUCUUUUUAAAUGUUUUAA